GGAUCUAUACCAGUAACAAGGAUCCCAUUUCUCACGGGGGCGGGUUGCUGAGAACUGUGUGCAGCACUCCCCUUUCCUCUAAUCUUCUGCCUCACCAAGGCACCUCAUCACUCCCCCAGCUCACCCGCUCACCUUUUGCUGGCACCAUUCCAUCCUCCUCCUCUUCCUCCGUCUCUACUACCCAGGUCUUCUCACUGGCAGGAUCCACAUUUAGCCUCCCUUCCUCACACAUUUUUGGAAGUCCCCUCACCUCUGGACUGUCGUUAAAUCCUCUGCUCAACCAACCUGAAAACAACAGAACAGAACCAGAUUUGGAAGACUGCAAUUUUGCUUGCCGUGGGUCAUCACCCCAAGAAAGUCUUUCUUCCAUGUCUCCCAUCAGCAGCCUCCCUACUCUCUUUGACCAGACGGUAUCAACUAGCAGUGGACAACUGGAAAAUGUCCCCCAGGCCACACCAAACAUUGAGCAGCUCCUGGAGAAACAGGGCAAUGGAGAAGCUGGUGUCAAUAUUGUAGAGAUGCUCAAGGCACUUCAUUCACUACAGAAAGAAAAUCAGCGCCUUCAGGAACAGAUCAUGACUUUGGCAGCUAAAAAGGAGCGCCUGCAGCUUCUAAAUGUUCAGCUCUCUGUUCCCUUCCAAAUGGUGACCACCAGCAAUGGCCCCCCAAGCCAGACCCAAUACAUCCUAGCUCCCAACACCUACAACAGUGACUCAUUUAGUAUCAGCAAGAGCUCCCCAUGCAAGAAUAGUUUUGGUAUCGAGAAUGCACUGUCCACUUCCUCUGAGGAUCUUCAUUCAGGAUGCCCAAGCAGGAGCAGCUCUUCUCUGUCUUUCCACAGCACACCACCACCUCUGCCCUUGCUGCAGCAAAGCCCUGCCUCCCUUCCUCUAACUACUGGGGUCCAACAGCAGCCACCCCCACCACCAGUGAAUGGCCUGAGCAGAGCUAUGGGGACUGUUCAUGGGGGAAGUGCCACAGCUACUCACAGCCUUGUGGAUGGUCUCCUUGGCAGCCUGGCAGGAGGGCAACAGGUCCCCCUCAAUGGCAUCCUAGGAAGUUUAAAUGGCACUUUGGCCACCCAGACCCAGAAUCCAGUACUGGCACAAACCAGUGGUCACCCUGGUCUGCAGCUCUCCAUGAGCCAAAGCAGUAUACCUAAUGUGACUCACUUGUCAGAACAGCAGCGGCAGCUGCUCAGCCAGCCUGAGCUGCAACUGCAGCAGCUCCUAACAUCACAGCCACUCAACCCGGAGCAGCAGACAUUGAUAUUCCAGAUGAUUCAACAAAUUCAGCACAAAAGAGAAUUGCAGCGGCUCCAGAUGACCGGUUCCUCCAUGACGGGCCUUGGCCCGGUGACCACCACGUCCCUUCUCCACUCCAGCAAUAAUGCACCAUCAGCUGCCAACAGUGCUCUCCUGGCCUCCAUCUCCCCUCAACAGCUUAAUCCUGCCGGCUCACUGAUGGCUUCCCCACCGCUCAGCACCCCUGGGAACAGCCUGAUGUCAGCAGCAGGAGCUGUUAUUCCACCUGUCCUCACAGCCCAAACAAACCCUUUCCUCAACCUGCAGGGCGACAGCAGCAGCCAGAAAGGAAUGGUGAGCAUCUUAUAAGAAGGCCAGAAGCAAGAGCAUAAAUGAAAAGGGAGGUGCCUCAGUGCAAGACAAAGGCUAACUUUUGGUGAUACUGGGCUGCUUUCUCUGCCAUAAGAAAACAGUCUCCUUGAACCUUGGAUCCCAAAACGUAGAGCAACCAUAUGAAAGGCUUCCGAGAAAGUCUUCCUUGCCACAGUCACAGUGACGCCAAGCGGAGGCAUGCCAGAAGUCUACGUUCCUCGGUUCUGAGCCUGUCAUUUAGUGCCCUUCUAAAAGAGACUGGUGGUGUGAACACCUCCUUUCCCUUGUUGGCUUGGUCUAUUCUUCUGCACUUAAGUCAUAAAACGUUGCACUUCAGAUGGAAAGGAUGAAGCAAUGUUUGCCAUCCAAGAAUAUCCCCUCAAAGAUGGGACAUAUGAGCUGGACACAACCACAAUCACCUGGUGAUUAAUGUUAUUUUUGCAGAGCAUGUUAUUUCCAAAUCAGGAUUAAGAAAUCCAUCAAUAUUCCCCUGUAAGAAGAUCCAGCUACAGCACAACAGGAUCAGAUGUUUUUGAGGUUUCCAAUAAAUAACUUGGAAGGGUUGGAAAAGUGGUAUUUGGAGGUCCAUGUACAUGAAUCCUACACAAAGGAUUUCACUCCCAUAGGCAUUUCAAAUGUCUACACCUUAACUGACACCUGCUGAGGUACAAUUUAUCUGGGAAUGAAAAGCUAAUCCUGCAUAACUGAGAACAGUUACCUUGGUUUCCCCAAAGCUCUGCCAGCCACAUGUCUUUAAAAAAAAACUACCUGAAGGAAAUGGCCUCAUUUUCUCCAUCUUUGACCAAGGGACUCAUCUUUUUGUCCUUCAGAAGUCUUUGCAGAUAGUGUAUGCUUACCAAUAAUCCAGAGUUGGUGCUGAGCUAUUUCCAGCCACUCACAAAGAGUUUCUUGUUCUCUGUCACAUCAACCACUCAAAAGCCCAACACCAAAGAGGCAGAACAAAGGUUUUGUCUAAUGGCAGGAGCUAUUCCAACCAUCUCCAAAAUCAGCUGGUAAGAACAUCUUUCCUGUGAAACAGAUCUCACACAUAUCCCAUCUAAGGAGAAUUCAGGUCUUCCCAUCACUGGAAGAUCUAUUCCCAUCUCCUUUUUGUAAACAGAUGGUUUAGCAACAGUAUGAAUUUCCUUCUCCUUCCAGGGAUUGGGGGGGGGGGGGGAAUGAAAUGACAGCAAGAUCAGAUAUUCUGAGGAAACCAGCUCAAUUUUGUCUUUGUUGGAUAAAUCCAGAUCUCUUAAAAAGAAAGAUUCUGGGUAAUAGAAUCACCUAGGGCCUUUCAAAGUUUUCCUACUUCCAUAAAUAUACGGUCAUUUUAGGUUUAUUCUUGCCAUCUGCUACAAUUUGCACUAUUUUCAACCACUGGUGGUGAGCAAGUACCAGUACUUAUGAUACCAUAAUAACCACUGUUGUAUAAAAUAUGUUGGGGAGAUUUUUCCCUAUUGUUUGAACAAAGCAAAAGUAUCUAUCAGAUAGAUGAGUUGGAGUCUUAAAAAAUAAGACACCGAAGCAACUUUUCAUGAUGUUUUUUCUUUGAUUUGUUUUAUUUUAUUCAGACAGAUACGUUUAGCUCCAAGCUUUGAGUUUGUGUGUGCACACUUACCCACAAUUUAAAGGUUUGUUUGUUUAUUCUUUUGAAGUUGUUUUACUAGCUCCUAAAAACUGUCAAAAACAAUAAAUUUUCCAAAUGACAACUGGGAAGUUUUCUUUCCAAUCAUGGCAGCUUUGGCACAGGUUAAGGAGCAGAUUGAACACUUGACUCACAUUUCAACUGAGUGUAAACAUAGUUUUUUUAAUCAGAAAACUAAGCCAUCUCAAUACACUUACUCUUUAGAUAGCCAACUCAUCUUUAAAAUCUAUCCAGACCAGUGCAUUCCGGUUUUAUUUUGUCCUUCAUUAGCAUGUUCAUAGUAUUUUUUUUGGUCCUUAUUCGGCUGCCAUAAUACACAAUGGCUAUGAGUUAUGAUGGAAGUACUUUGAAGUGGAGGCUAAAUCCAACUUUUGUUCCCCUUUUCAGGCGACUAAUGGGCAGUAUCUCCAGAAUUCUUAUUGCAACCUGCAACCACAUUGCAGAAAAUUGUUGUUCUAUAGCACCAGCAAAAUUGAUAAUCCUAUGACUUUUGUCUUCUUAUCUUGGCGCUGGGGGAAAAGAUUUUUUACAACUACAACUUCUCUGCUAGAAUUGCAAAUAUGAUUUUUAAAAAAAUAUUGCCAUUAAUAAAUGCUUGAUAUAGUGCUGCACCAGAAGGAGUAGUAGAGCAAAUUGAUUAUUAAAAUAUUUUGGAAAAGAGUUAUUUAAAUAUACAAAAGCUGAAAAUAAUUACCAUUCUAUCUAAAAUAUUGUGGAGGGGGGGAUACUUUUCUCUGCAAUGAGAGAGAAACUAGACAUUGCAAAAGAAAAGGAAUGUUCGACCCCAUAUUUUCAUUGUAAUAAUUAGUGGAUUUCUGAAAAGGCAUUUGGAGAAGAGAAUUAAAAGUUGGGAAGGAACUGUCCGUGUGAUAGUGCACAUUUGCUCAUUCAAGGCUUGCAUUCUAAAAUCUGAUAUUACUGAUUUCUUGCUAGCCCAUAAAGCUUUUGUAGGGAUAUUUUUUUUUCUCCUUUAAGGCUUUUUCUGUUUGUAUUGUGCUUUGAGCCACAAGGUGGAUAAUCUGUAUUCCUCCAAAUAUUGGUGAACUUUAAUUCUCAGGAACCCUAUUCAAUAUAAUCCAUUAUGGACAAUGCUGGGAUCUGUGGUUCAGAAUCACCUGAAGAACCUUAUGUUGAGGAAUGGCACAGUUCUACAAAGCCCUCAUUGCACAAGAUCACAACACUGCAUUUGGCCAUGUUUUGUGACUUUAAGUGCUCGGAAAAUGGGAGGUAUCAAUCCGCAGUUGAGCUACCAUACAAAAGUUGAAAAAAGUUUUAACAUCAGAAAUAUAGUUCAUCUUUACAUUUAUAUACUAUGUUUCCUACGGAAACAUAAGUUGAAAUACAUAAAAAUCACCCCUUUCUUCACAUAACAAAAGUAUGAGAUAGAUUGGAAUAGUCUGCUAUUGCUAUUGGUCUAAAAUUAUCCACUGAAGUUUAUGGUGGAAGGAGAACUUGAACCUGAGUUUUCAUAGUCCUGUCUAACACCUGGACCAUUAAUCCACGAUGGCUGAAUGAAUUGAACUGAAAAUCAAUAAUGAAUAGAUAAUUCAGUCUUUGGGCAGCAGUUGAUACUAAGGCUGAAUUCAAUUUGUGAUCCUUUGUAUCAAAUGUUCCUGAUCGGCAAUUCAUCUGGCUAGAGACACAAUAGUUUAGUUUGUCCCACCUGAUCUCUAUAGGCCAAAAUAGAGGACAUAGAGAAGGGCAGGAGGAAGAAUCACAGCCAAGGCAAUAAUCAGACUGGCAUAUUUUGAACCCUUUCCAUCAAGUUAGUUUGAGUUAAUAUCUCUGUCUUUCCCUAGUGUGAAGGUAAAGUAAGGGAGGGGAGAAGCAGAUACAGACUUGCAGGUUUCUGUAAUUAUAGCUGUCACAAUAAAACUAGCCCUGUCCUAUAGGGGUUUGGAUUUACCUUGAAGGGUUGCCAUCCAUGCAGUAUUCCUAUUGAGUCCCCAAUGAAUUGUAAGUGGCAGAAUCCACAGGGCAGAAUUAUAUACAUGACUCAGUAAUACUAUUGCUUCUUGCACUCAAGGCUACACAUUCAGAAACACAGUUAGGGUAUAUUUAAGACAUGUCUGCACCCAAAAGAUCAAUUAGAUGCUUUCUGAAAGCAUUCUAAGAAUAUUCCAUUUUUGGGGGGGUGGAGGGUUCCAAAUCUAAGAUGCAAAACUCCAGAUCACUACUGGAUGGGAAAAAAGUGUACAUAUUUACUAUCAUAUAGUGGUAUCUGGAUUUUUGAAGCCUGAAUCUGACAGCCCUACUACUUCAUGACCAGAAAGGUUCCUAGCAUAUUAUAUGGAGGAGAAAAUAAACAGCUGGUGCUUAGUGGCAAUUUGAAAGGCUGAAAAGACCUUUCUUGGAUAAUCUAAGGAAUAAGUGCUUUUACAAAGCUCCAUUUCUCUUCCCACGGAGAACUCAAUACAGCAAUUUCCUUCAGCAAUAGAAACCUUGUGGAGCUGCGUUAGACAUUUUGGCUGUAUAGACAUUCUAUUUACAUUUGAGAAAAAAGUUAUACUGUGCAUCAAGGAAAAAGCCAUCUUGGAGGUUAGGCUGGCUUGUGGAACAUUCUGGAAUACCACUUCCUUGUCUCUCCAGGAAUACUGUAUGUAACACAUAAAAAUCAAGUGCAAUUCUGAAAAAGUCCCAAGCAAGCACUAGUUCAGAUAAACCUGAAAGUCUUUAAAACAUGGUUGAUGGAUGUGGAACAGUGCUUGCCUAUAACAGAAUCGAAUAUAUCAUCAGUCACUUAAUUUUCAAUUACAGAAAUCAGUGUGUUCAGCAAAUUUAGAAUAAGGCAUAUCUGUUUUCCCAAAAACAAGACCUCCCCAGAUAAUAAAGGCUUUUGAACACAUGCACUAAAAUAACCCCUCCCUCCA